AUGGACGACAUUGCCUCCAAGUCUCUGUCAGCAAAUUCUUCCGGCCACGACGCCGCCGUCGUACUUGCCACCCCAGAAUUUGCUAAGAGUUUUGAGAAUGUCGGUUUCAUGGAGAGUCUGGCCUCCCUCCUCGCCGGCAGCGGCCGCCCAGAUAAGUUCCACAUCCUAGGUGCUAUUGUGGACAACAUCGCGCCACAGCUGGGCAGCUACAAUAUCUCGCCAGGGAUAUCGGUUCUGAGGGGACAUCUCGACCAUAUGUUGCCGCAUCUGUGGCAGCCCGAGCCCCCGCGGUCAUCAGAAGAUAAGGAUGCAUUAUCAGCGCUGUCAUUUUCGCUAGGUGUGCCAAAAGUCACCCUGCCGCUGGCAAGGACUACUUUUCAGAACAACAGAACCUCAACGCUCCUAGCCUCGACUUUUGAUCUCUCUGGAAAUGGCUCUAGAAUGGAGAACCAGUUGGAGCGCUACACGCAGGAGGUUUUCGUCUCAGACAGUGAACUACCGCAGAAGAUGGGAGAUUUGGGGAUGUGGGCGCCGUUGGUGCCCGUGACGCCGCCCCGUCUGGUAGCAGCGAGCUUUGGUAACAUUGUCCGUGGUGUUGAAAUCGACGGCCAGGUGAUUCCGGCCUCAACGGAGCUAGAGGACGCCGUCAAUGCAUUUUACGGCAAGCGUGGCAACAGCGCUGUCAACACAGGGCCUGUAGGCAUCUGGGCACUCAUCACUCCCAAGAGCGACUCUGCGGACGCUGCAACGUCAUGGCUCAACGGCAGUCCGACAUCGCUGUCGGUUGAUACGAGUGAGUCUAGCAUGCAAAACCUCGUGAGAAAAACGGCAAAGUAUCUGCACAAAUCGCACCAGCGCGGCGCGAAAUUGCUCCAAGUCUUGAGUGGUGGCGGAGGUUGGGGUGCGAAAAAGGGCCUGCUCUCUCUUGACCCCCAACGAACACAUUUUUCCCUUUCUGAAGAGGAAGAGAUGCACCGCUUCACGCAGUCGAUGAGCGAAUCGACGUUUGCGCCGACCGGCUGCACAAUUCAGUUUCUUAUGGCGCUCGAUGAUGUGCCUGACAUGCCCGAGUACCUGCCCCCGAGUAUCGUGUUUGGCGUCCCCGGCACGCACCAGAAAUCGUCAACUCGGCCGGAGAAGCUUUUCAUGGGCGGCCACUUUGGCGCGCUGUCAAGCAAGGGUAUCUUUGUCACAGCACCCAACGAGCGCAAUGGGAUGGACCUUCCAGACGAGAGGAAGCUGUCGGUACCAAAUUCAAGGCUCUUCACAGCGGAUGACAUUGAUGAGCAGAUGGGCGGCUUUGGCAAGAUGCCGACGUUUGCGGAGGCGGGUCUCAUGGCGCUGCUGCUGUAG